CACUCCCCCCGUCCCCGACCGACACACGCCCCGCCCCGCCCGCGCGCCGGCGCCUCAAGAUCCCCCUCCUGGCUCCCCCGCGCGGGCCGAUCGCGACGCCCCACCCCACCGCGACACCGAUCCCCCGCCCUCCACCUCCGCGCUGUCUGUCGGCGCCCGCCGCACCCACCCAGCCCAACCACCCCAAAUCUCGCGCCUUUCGCCCCGAAAUCCCCCACAGCCGAUACGACGCCACACCGCACCGCACACGCGCUCCCCACCCAGAUCCACUCCACUCCGCGCCCGCGCCGAGGAGGAGGAGGAGGAGAUGCUCGUCCAGGACCGGCCGUCCCCGCACGCGGCGGCCGCGGGGCAGAAGCCGCCCACGUCCCCGCGCGGCGCGCCGGGGGCGGACCGGCGGCACCCGCGGCCCUUCGCCAAGAACCUCGACUUCGCCACCUGGGCAUCCGAGCACUCCUCCAAGCUGCUGCUGCUCCUCUUCGCGCUCGCCUCCGCCGCCGCCGUCUUCCUCCUCCGCGGCGCGGCGCCCGACGCCGCGGCGCUGCUCUGCCUCGACCGCUCCCGCUCGUCCUCCGCGGAACCCGCCAAGCUCCCCUACCCGGACGUCGCCUGGUCCAGGGUGCCCCCGCUAGCGAUCGCGGCGGCGGCGCCCUUCGCCUCGUUCCGCGCCGAGCGAUGGAUCGUGGUCGCCGUCUCCACCCCGCCCACCGCGGCGCUGGCCGCGCUCGCGCGCGUCAAGGGCUGGCAGCUCCUCGCCGUCGGCGACUCCCACACGCCCGCCGGGUGGGAGCUCAAGGGCGCCAUCUUCCUCUCCCUCGAGCUGCAGGCGCAGCUCGGCUACCGCUCCGUCGACUUCCUGCCCUACGGCUCCCACGUCCGCAAGACGGCGGGCUACCUCUUCGCCAUCCAGCACGGGGCCAAGGUGAUCUUCGACGCCGACGACCGCGCCGAGGUGCCGGGGAACGAUCUGGGGAAGCAUUUCGAUGUGGAUUUGGGAUCUGGAGUCACCAACCACCCCGUGCUGCUCCAGUACAGCCACGCGGAUCCCAAUCGCACGGUGGUGAACCCCUACGUGCACUUUGGCCAGCGGUCAGUCUGGCCGCGGGGGCUGCCACUCGACAAGGUUGGAGAGGUGGGGCAUGAGGUCUUCUACACCGAGGUGUUCAGUGGCCGGCAGUUCAUUCAGCAGGGACUGUCAGACGGGUUGCCAGAUGUGGAUGCGGUGUUCUACUUCACUCGGAAGCCACCAACUUCCGCAUUCGAUCUGAGGUUCGAUUCAGAGGCCCCAAAGGUUGCACUACCACAGGGCAUGAUGGCACCAGUGAACUCGUUCAAUACAUUGUUCCAGUCACCAGCUUUCUGGGGGCUCAUGAUGCCAGUCUCUGUGAGCUCAAUGGCGGCAGAUGUGAUCCGUGGAUACUGGGCUCAGCGGAUCUUGUGGGAGAUUGGUGGAUAUGUGGCUUUCUAUCCACCGACUAUUUACAGGAAGGAUCAUAUUCAGGCAUACCCAUUUGCAGAAGAGAAGGAUCUGCAUGUGAAUGUUGGCCGGCUGAUCAAGUUCCUGAACGAGUGGAGGUCUAACAAGAGGACGCUGUUUGAGAAGAUUCUUGAUUUGAGCUAUGCCAUGGCUGAGGAAGGCUUCUGGACAGAGCAGGAUGUGAGAUUAACAGCUGCUUGGCUUCAGGACCUGCUUGCUGUGGGCUAUCGGCAGCCUCGGCUCAUGUCAUUAGAGAUUGACAGGCAGCGGGCAACUAUUGGAGAGGGUGACAUGAAGGAGUUUGUGCCCAAGAAGCUGCCAUCUGUGCACCUUGGGGUCGAUGAGAUUGGCACGGUGAACUAUGAGAUUGGAAAUCUUAUUAAGUGGAGAAAGAACUUCGGAAAUGUUGUGAUGAUCAUGCAUGUCAGUGGGCCUGUGGAUCGCACGGCACUUGAGUGGAGACUGCUUUAUGGAAGGAUUUUCAAGACGGUCAUCAUUCUUGCAGAGCAGAGCAAUAAAGAACUUGCUGUUGAACGCUGUGCGCUGUCACAUGCUUAUAAGUAUUUGCCCAAGGUUUUCGAAAGAUAUAGUGGUGCUGAUGGAUUUCUCUUCCUCCAAGACCACAUGAUUCUUAACUACUGGAACCUACUGCAAGCUGACAAGGAAAAACUUUGGAUUACAAAUAAGAUUGCACAUUCUUGGGUUACUGUUCCAUUGGAGAGCAAUAAAGAGGAAUGGUUUGUAAAGCAAGGAGCACUGGUGAAGCAAGUCAUUGGCAAUUCCCCAGUUCAUUUCCAAACAAACUAUAAGGAAAACAUGGGCGAAGAGAAGAUUGCAUUCUGUGGCAGUGAACUCUUCUAUAUACCGCGGCGGUUUGUUGAAGACUUUGGUGAUCUUGUGGGUCUUGUUGGCGAUUUGGAUUUGCAUCACAAGAUUGCGGUGCCAAUGUUCUUCAUGGCGAUGGAUUCGCCUCAAAAUUUUGACUCCGAAGCUCUGGCUGGAACAGUGUUCAAGACCCAAUUGCCAGCUAAUGCAACGUUCAAGACUAUUUAUACAGCUCAAGCACCUGCUGUUUUCCCUGUGAAGGUUAUGAAUGAGAUUGAUUUCAUAAAGGUGAUUCGGCUGAUGUCCAUAGGAGACCCGCUUCUGAUGGAGUUGGUAUAAAGAUACAAUCUUUAGUUGAAGUGCAAGUUUAUCCUUGAUGCCACGAGGAACAGAGUAGACAAGCAUAGUUUUGUGUUUUCUGGGGGUUUCUCCAUUGCUGUUGUAAUUUCAUUUAUUCUGUUCAUUCUGUAGCUGUUCAUUCCUCUGCUGUUGUAUAUUGGUGUAUCAUUAGUGACAAGGACACAAGGCUACUGGUCCAGCUGUCCUACUGAAAGAAAGGACAGCCUGCCAGCCACAAGUUCACGGAGAAGAGCUUCAACCUGGCCCGCUGCUAUUUUGCAAGAUUUUUUGGGGUUGCCGAUAGUAAAGGUCCACACUUGAGCAAUUUGUUGUACCAUUCAAAUUUGACAAUGAAACUGAUACAAACUCUUAAAGGGCAGCGUCUUGUGUUCAUUACAGAUAGCAUGACACAAUGAAAGUUGGCUGUUGUUUGCAA